UGCAGUGGCCUGGUCCCGGGGACCCAUUGUGGGGAGGUUGGGAAGUUGAAGAACACUCUGGCCUCCUCCAUCAUGUCGGCCAAGAGGGCAGAACUGAAGAAAACAAACCUGAACAAGAACUACAAGGCAGUUUGCCUGGAAUUGAAGCCAGAGCUGAUCAGAACAUAUGACUACAAAGGAGCUAAACAAGAAGGGCCAUUUACCAAACCAGGAGGGACAAAGGAGCUAAAGAAUGAACUCAGGGAGGUGAGGGAAGAGCUCAAGGAAAAAAUGGAGGAGAUAAAACAGAUAAAAGAUGUAAUGGACCAGGAUUUUGAAAAACUCCAGGAAUUUGUGGAGAUUAUGAAGGAAAUGCAAAAGGAUGUGGAUGAGAAGAUGGAUGUUUUAAUAAAUAUACAGAAGAAUAGCCAGCUUCCUCUCAGGAGUGGACCAAAGGAGCAGCAAGAACUCAGGCUGAUAGGAAAGAUGGACACAGACCCACAGAUCCGGCGGAAGAAAAUGGAUGGAGCUGAUGGAGUACCACUUGCCCUUCACAAAAAGAUGACGGCACUACAACAACCAAAAAAAGAUCCAAUGGAUUCCCUUCACCAAUGUGAUACCUGCUGUGAGAAAUGUUUGUUGUGUGCCCCAAAGAACAACUACAAUCAGCGGCAACUUCCAUACCAGGCCUGGGCAUCCGUUUCACCCUCGGCAUCUGGACUUGCUUUCUGAUUUAUCUGUGCUUCAACUCCUGUGUGACUGAGGACGUAGUUCCAACUUAGUGUCACCGCAGGACCUAUGAGUGGCUCCGGUUCAGCCUCUCCCCACUCCUUGAGCUGCACAGCAAAUGCCUGCUGCCCUCUUGCAUACCACCCUGCCCUUGUCUCCCUCUACCCAGAGAGUAAAAUCUUCAUUUAAAGCC